AUGUGGCGCGAACAUGGCCCGCUGCCGUCGUACCAAGAAGCAACCUCUGGGCCAGACUGGAUCCAGCUUGUAGCUCCCUACUGCGAUUUCGAGGACUGCCGCGCUCUGUGCCUGGUCAGCCGCCGCUUUUGGAACACGUUUGCCCCCCUUCUAUGGCGAGACCUGCUGCGUGCUGCGCGGCUUUCCGGUCUUGACCCCGGCGAUGAUUUAGCGUGGUGGCGGUGUUUCGCCUUCGACCGGCUCGACAAGGUGUCUCACUUGACCCGGGCUCAAGUCCGUGUGCUUGAUGCCCGGCAUUUUGCCAAGACUGCCUACAGUUUUUCCUCGCUUCAGACUGACAGGACCCUGACCGAGACCUUGCGACGGGCCGUGCGUCUGUUGCCCAACGUGCAUGCCAUGCUUCUCGAUGGUCAUGCCGACGUAAAUGUCCCGUUGUUAAUGGGGCACGACUCGGCGGACUCGGGGCUCAGCAGUCUUUGGGUGUUGUCUGUUGCCGGCUGUUCACGUCAACUUCCCAAAUCCUUCUUCACGCUGCCUCGUAUUCAAACCUUGGUUUACCUCGACCUUUCUGAUAAUCCUGGCUCGUUGCUGCCGCUAGCUCAACCAGGGUUGUUGCCGUCAUUAAGGGUCUUGAAGAUUAAAGGAAGAGAACUAGACGAUUGCACACUCCACCAGCUGAUGCGUCGUUUCGGUCGUCAGCUGUGGAGCCUGGACGUGACGAACAAUAACGUGACAGACGAGGCAAUUCAGCAUCUGGGAGACAGAUGCUUCCCGGACAGCCAGGUGCGAAGCAGUGCUCGCAGCGAAAUCGAGGGGAGAAUAGUCACCCAACCUGGAGGCUCCAGCCACUACGGACGGUUCCUGCACUUUGAAGAGAGUCUUUUAAGCCCAACGUUUUCCCAUCCCGAGCGCUUCUUCGUGGACUCCCCGGCCUACACGGCAAGAGCUGAUGCGACGGCUCAAGCAUCUCGCGGCCGCCGCUCGGAUGGGGGCGCGCCGGUGGUGAAAGACGAUGCUGGCGCGGCAAUUUCGGCGUUGGUGGAUUUGGAGAAUUUGGAGCUUGGCCAACGUCGUCAGAACUGCGCCGGCUUAACUCACCUGCACUUGUCUGGCAACAACGGCAUCUCCUCCACGGGCAUCCAAAAGCUCUUGUACGUAUCGCAGGGUCACAUUGAGGGUCUCAGCUGCGACUCGGCGCCGAUUCUCCCUAGAAGUGCAGACGUUUCCAAGGUGUGGCCACCCAACGCAAGUUUGAGCGGCUUCAUCGGGGCGGCACAUUGUUUCAGGCCGGCUCUGUCAUGCAAUCUCCGCGCCCUGCGACUGCAUCACUCCGUCGUGACCAACAUACCGACUCUCGAUGCGCAAGGGCUGUCCAAGAUGGAGCGGUUGCUGAUUGCUGAAACCACUAUCCGGGAGCGUGCAGAAGGGGCUUACCCGCAAACGUUGGUGCCCGAUAUGAACCCACGUUUGUCUUCGUUGACCUUGACAUGUCUACCCCGACGCUCAUCCGGGCCCUUGAUAUCAAGGCUCAUACAGUUCCUCAAGCUGCUUUCCCUUCAAGAAAGGGCGAUCCAGGACCUGUCGUCAUUCACCGCAUCGACCCGGCGAGGCCCGACCCUCCUGAAGGGUCUGAGACAUUUGCGCCUAGAAUUCGAACCAGACUGUAUGGAUGACGGCUUGUCGACAUUGACGGAUUGGGAGGCCGAAGAGCUGAUUGAGCCCGGGGAGGGCAUGUUUAGCUUUUUCGGACAGGAAUGGGCAGCAGCAGGCAGGCGAGUCUUGGACACCCAGGCCUCUUUGCCGAGGCGUCCCCGUCUGAGAGCGCCAAAGUCCGGUGAAGCAGACGAUGGGAAUGGCGCUGUUGUCGAGGAUCAUCAGCUCGUGGCAGCUGACCGAGACACUGCGGAGUUCCUGACACACCAUGGCAAUUGGAACGGAGCUCCUUUUGUGGCGGACGUGUGGACGGGUCCUAGCAGUGCCGAUGCUUCAGCGGUGCUAAAGGACUACAGACGAAUGGUGCUGGAAGACAACAUUAGAGACGGCAUCGCACCAGCCACGCCGGCCCAAAUCCAGGCCGGGGCACCCAGGAAGUCGUUUAUUUACAACGUCGCAUGGAGCGCCGCGGUUAUGCCGGGUGAGCUGAAGCCGCCCAGUCGCGCCGAGCUGGCUGGGAUGCGCGACGUCGUCGAUGCGCUCAAGACGUACCGCCUGCAAGGGCGAGCCAGGUACGCCCAACAAAAGAGGCAGUCGCAAAUGAGCGGGAACCGCGCACCUCUCGGCGCACCACACUAUUUCUGGACUGGACGCUUGCAAGUGUCGACGUGA